AUCGGCCAAUACAUGAACAACAAAACCAAAGGUUGUUGAAACAUAUUUUCGACAAUUUGUUACAAUAAUCCAACCACCGACGUCAACCAUGUGAAAAUGUUGUUCCGAUCAAUUAACGAAACAAACAAAACAAACCUUAAUCGUCACACAUCCUUUUCCAUCAUUCAUCUCAACCCCCUGGUUCUCCCCCAGCAAUCUUAUUUUUUCCCCCAAUCCCCAUUAAUUAAAAUAGUAAAAUAUUCCUAUUUUAAUAGUAUUUUGCUUUUUCAAAAAAGAAACUGAGAAAAAAGAAGAAAAGAGAGAGAAAAAAAGUAGCAGAAAGAAGAAGAGUAACAACAACAACAACUACAACAGAUCCAUAUAAAUAGGCGCGCAUAUCUCAGAAUUAUCAACGAACGGAAGCUCCACCGGAAACCGGCUUAAGUGGUAAAAAUGAGUGGUCCAUCGAGAGAAGAGAAUUCAAAGGAAGAGGUAAAAGAAGAAGAUGAAGGUAACCGGUUACUGGAAGUUAACGUUGAAGGUGAAUCUUCAUCGGAAGAAGAAGCAGCGUAUGAAUCCGGCGAGAAAAUCGUGGUGGUGGAUUUCGAAUUCGGCACCGUCGACGAUUCAACCGUUCCACCUUUUUCAUGGAAGAAGCUAUGGAUGUUCACAGGACCAGGAUUCUUGAUGAGUAUAGCAUUUUUGGAUCCUGGGAAUUUGGAAGGUGAUCUACAAGCAGGAGCGAUUGCAGGGUAUUCAUUGCUAUGGUUGUUGAUGUGGGCUACUUUGAUGGGAUUGUUGAUUCAAUCGCUAUCGGCGAGGGUUGGUGUUGCUACUGGACGUCAUCUUGCUGAGCUUUGUAAAGAGGAGUAUCCGAAUUGGGCGAGAUAUGUGCUUUGGUUUAUGGCUGAACUUGCUUUGAUUGGUGCUGAUAUUCAAGAGGUUAUUGGUAGUGCUAUUGCUAUUCAGAUUCUUAGUCGUGGUGUUUUGCCUCUUUGGGCUGGUGUUCUUAUUACUGCUUCUGAUUGCUUUUUCUUUCUAUUUCUUGAAAACUACGGAGUGAGGAAGUUGGAAGCUGCUUUUGCAGUUCUCAUAGCUACCAUGGCUCUUUCGUUUGCCUGGAUGUUUGGUGACGCACAACCUAGUGGAAAAGAGCUUGUGAGGGGUAUUUUGAUUCCAAGACUUAGCUCAAAAACGAUUCAUCAGGCUGUGGGCGUUGUGGGUUGUGUAAUUAUGCCUCACAAUGUAUUUCUACAUUCUGCUUUAGUGCAGUCAAGGAAGAUUGAUCCCAAUAAGAAAGGUCGGGUGCAAGAGGCUCUUAAUUACUAUAAUAUUGAGUCCACAGUUGCACUUUCAGUCACCUUCAUGAUCAAUCUGUUUGUCACAACAGUUUUUGCUAAGGGUUUUUAUGGUACAAAGCAGGCAAAUAGCAUAGGAUUAGUAAAUGCAGGGCAAUAUCUUGAGGAGAAAUAUGGAGGAGGACUCUUCCCUAUUCUUUAUAUAUGGGGAAUUGGGUUACUGGCGGCCGGACAAAGUAGCACUAUCACUGGCACAUAUGCUGGGCAAUUCAUAAUGGGGGGUUUCCUAAACCUUCGAUUAAAGAAAUGGUUGAGAGCAUUGAUCACUCGGAGUUGUGCAAUUGUGCCAACUAUAAUUGUAGCUAUUGUUUAUAACAGGUCAGAAGCCUCAUUGGAUGUUUUGAAUGAAUGGCUCAAUGUGCUUCAGUCCAUACAAAUUCCCUUUGCAUUGAUUCCCCUCCUCACAUUAGUCUCCAAAGAGCGUAUCAUGGGGUCCUUUAAGGUUGGGCCUGUUCUUGAGAGGGUGGCAUGGACGGUUGCUGCACUGAUAAUAGUAAUUAAUGGGUAUCUCUUGGUAGAUUUCUUCCUUUCUGAGGUGAACAGCGUAUUGUUUGGUUUUGUAGCCUGCUCUUGCACAGUUACAUACAUUGCAUUUAUUGUAUAUUUAAUUUCACAAAGUGGUGCUCUUCCUUCCGCAUUGGUGGAUCGACUUCCAAAGGGAUUUUGUUCCUCUGAGAAUUAAACCAACACAAGUUACACAACAUUAAAAAUAUGGAAAUAGUAUGGCAAGCCUCAGCUAGACAAUUUUGCUCGACAAGUUUUACUCAUACACCAUGAAGGAUGCCUUGGAAUUUCUCCAACCCUGCAAUGGGGAUUAAAGGAUGUACAAGGUCAGAUAGUGGAAAGAACCUAGAUUUAACUGCACUUCUUUUCUCCAAUACGGUUAUAGAGGUUACCUACAGCGUGUAACAAGACAGGUAUAUCUUUUUCGUAAUAGAAAGUUGUGGAGAGAGCAUCAUUACAACUUGCAGGAUAGAUUAUUUUCCUGCGCACCUUUAUUAUUUUUCUAACAAGUUGUAAAUUGCUCCAUCAUUCUUGGUUGUAAACAGUUUGUGUUUAAAUAUACUCAGACUAACACUCACAUAUUGCUUUGGUGAAAAGAACACGGAGUAUUUUUUUUCCUUGAUAAGGCAGACAGCUAAGACAACAGCCAUAAGUUAUAGGGAAUAGUCAAAUAAUAUGAAGUACAUUAUUAGUGACUUUCAUUUUUCCUGCUUUCUAGUUGGUUAUGGUUUUGUUCGGUAUAUGAGCAAUACAUAGUGAUUAUAUUAUAUUAGAACUAUAAUUUUUGUAGUCCAAGUCUACAAGCUGUUUCUGUCAAUAAUUGAAAACACUGAAUAGUCAUUAAAUUA